AGGUGGCGCUUUGAUUAUUGUCAAGAGUCUGCCAUUUUGAUCAGGUGUACUUUGCGCAGUAUAUGCCGUGGAAGUGAUUCUUAUUAUUCACCUCAAGGUUCCGAACAAAGUUUCUAUUAUUUGAGGAAAAUGCUGUCAGCCGCCCAGUUACUCGACGAGUUAAUGGGCCGAGACAGAAACUUGGCCCCUGACGAGAAGCGGGCCAACGUGCGAUGGGACGACGAGAGCGUUUGCCGAUACUAUCUGUGCGGCUUCUGUCCAGCUGAGUUGUUCACGAACACUCGUUCUGAUUUGGGACCCUGUGAGAAGAUCCAUGAUGAAAAUCUUAGAAAGACGUAUGAGAAAAGUUCUCGGUUCCAGAAAGAGGGCUACGAAAGAGACUUUCUGCGGUAUCUACAGUCCCUUUUGGCGGAAGUGGAGCGGCGGAUUCGUAGAGGGCACGCUCGCCUCGCACUUUCCCAAGCUCAGCAGAAUUCUGGGGGACCUGGUCCGACAGGGAAGAAUGAAGAGAAGAUCCAGGUUCUAACGGAAAAGAUUGAGGACUUGGUUGUUCAGAUCGAGGAACUUGGGUCUGAGGGUCGCGUGGAGGAGGCUCAAGGAAUGAUGAAACUGGUGGAGCAGCUGAAGGAUGAGAGGGAGAUGCUCAACUCCACCCCUUCAACCAUUGAAAGCUUUGCAGCUCAGGAGAAACAGAUGGAGGUGUGUGAGGUGUGUGGAGCCUUUCUCAUCGUGGGUGAUGCUCAGUCUAGAGUUGAUGACCAUUUAAUGGGCAAACAGCAUAUGGGCUAUGCCAAGAUCAAAUCCACCGUGGAGGAGUUAAAGGAGAAACUGCGGCGUCGCUCUGAGGAACCUCAGGGGGAAAAUCCGGCCGUCAAGCGGGACAGAGAAGACCGUGAGCGUGAGAGGGAGGAGCGGGAGAAGAAGCGCAAGGAAGAGGAAGAGAAGGAGAAGGAAAGAGAAAAAGAGAAGGAACGGGAGCGGGAGAGAGAGCGGGAGCGUGAGAAGGAAAGGGACCGGGAGAGGGAGAGGGAGCGAGACCGCGAGAGGGAUCGGAGAUCCCGCCGGAGCCACUCGCACAGCCGCCACUCCAGCCGCACGUCGGAUAGGAAACGGAGCAGAUCGCGUGAUCGCCGGAGAUCAAGGAGCAGAGAUAAGGACAGGGAACGCAAGCGUAGCAGGAGCCGGGACAGAGAAAGGAAGCGCAGCCGUGACCGCUCGGACAGAAAACGCCGCUCCCGCAGUCGUGACAGGAGGAGGUCUCGCAGCCCCGAGCGCAAGUCUCACCAUCGGCGCAGCCGCAGCCGGGACAGAGACAGAGACAGAGGAAAAGAAAAAGAGCACUCAUCAAAAGACAAAGAUCGUAAGGGGACAGAGGAGAAGAGCAGUUCUAAGAAAGACAAGCAUGCUGACAGUGAUGCAGCUGCCGUCAAGCCUUCAUCAGAGGUGGAACCCAUGCAGAGCGAACCAGCUUCCUCCUCCCCUCUGCUUAACGGCCAGCAAGAGCUCCUCCAAUCUGAAGGUGACACUCAGUCCAAUUAAAACUGAUCUGAUAGGACCUCAGAUCAGGCUCAGGGGAAGGCGGUGGAGGAAGACACGGAAGAGCAUCCUCAUCCUCACCCUGAACCUGACACAUCGCUGCUUAAAAACAAGGUGAACCACAAACGUGUAGUGGCUUAUUUAAGAAAUCAGCAUAAAGUACAUGUGUUAAGGAGCGAAGCAAUAUGUUUUGGUUGUUUUCUUUAUCUUUUCGCUGCCUGUAUCUGUUUCGGCUGGAUGAGGGUAGCCGUGGUUCAUCUGCUUUUUCAUCAAAUUCAUUGAUUUAGAUGGCAGCCAGACAUCACCUAAAUACCAAAAUUAAAAAAGCUCCUUUUGGGUUUUUCUUUUAUUUUGAAAAUCUUUACACAUCCUCCAUGUUUCUUGGUAUUUAGUACAAUUGAAAUCUAAAAUGAAUACAGUGCUUGUGAUUUGUGUUAAUUUGUCAGGUUCCUGACCUCAUUUUUAUUAUCUUUUUUUUUUUUUUUAAGUCGGUUAAAAGCGUAUGUACAAUGUAAAGACCCUUGAUAGGGAGCGUUUCUUUGCUCUUCCACCUAGAUCUCACGUGGAAUGCUCUUGUCCCAUAACUGUAAAAAUAUUCUCACUUAUUUUUGAUCAAAUGAGAAGUUUUGAAGAUGCAACAUUUGUUUCUUUUUUUGCCUUCCUUUUUAUGUCCAUGUUGUAAUGUUAAAUAAAAAUGUUAAACCAAAAUAAAA